AUGGCGGAUGUGGAGGCUGAUGUGGCGGUGGCCGGAGUGCCGAAGAAGAGGACGUUUAAGAAGUUCAGCUUCAGAGGCGUUGAUUUGGAUGCUCUUCUUGAUAUGUCCACUGAUGAGCUCGUUAAGCUCUUCCCUGCCAGGGCUCGCAGAAGGUUUCAGAGAGGUUUGAAAAGAAAGCCAAUGGCAUUGAUCAAGAAGCUGCGCAAAGCUAAAAGGGAGGCACCACCAGGUGAGAAACCGGAGCCAGUUAGGACUCACCUCCGAAACAUGAUCAUUGUACCCGAAAUGAUUGGGAGCAUCAUUGGAGUUUACAAUGGCAAGACUUUCAAUCAGGUUGAGAUCAAGCCAGAAAUGAUCAGCCAUUAUCUUGCUGAGUUCUCUAUAAGUUACAAGCCUGUGAAGCACGGAAGGCCUGGUAUUGGUGCUACUCACUCCUCUAGGUUCAUUCCCCUUAAGUGA